GGCAAUAAACAUUUAGAAUUAAAUAAGGAGCUUUUAUUUUCAGAUUGGCAAUCAGUUAAGAAUUGGUUGUAUCAAUUUGUAUUACAAGAAAGUUUUGAUUAUAAGGUUAAAAUUAGUAAAAAAGAUGAACUAGAUAAAAAAACAAUUAG